AUGUCAGAUAAAGAGAAUAAUGCACUUUGGUCGCCAGUGGUUUCUGCUUUAUUUUCUGAAAAAUCUCUUUCUUUGUUUGAUGAAAAGGCCAAGAAAUUAUCAGUUAAGCUUUAUAACAAAGACAAAGAUUGGAAGGAAAAUGGACAAUAUUUCUUUGAAAUUGCAGAAGAAUUGGAUAAAGAAGAACCAAUGGCAUUAUGGCGUGAAUUGAAUCCAGAUACACCUGGUUCGCCAAUAACAACAAUUUUGGACAUAGAUGAAUUUGAAAAAUAUGGAUAUAAUCCUCUUUCUGAAACAAUGAAAUAUAUUCAUUGUAAAAAAUGUGGAAGAGUGGUUUUACAGACGGUUUUUUAUAAACAUGAAAAGAUUUGUAAUCAAUUGCAAGAUAAUGAUGUAACGGUGUUGAAAAAGGGUUAUGGAAAAAAUGAAAGAGAUUUGCAAAAUACAUCUAUUAAACGAUUUAAAAAAAGACUUCAUUUUGAUGCUGAUUCGGAUUCUUCUAUUCUAGAUGGUCUACAAAGAGCUUCAAAAAUCAGUAAAUAUGAUUACAAAAAUAAAAGUGAACUUAAGAAGCUCAAAUCAAAAAAUAUUCUAACUAAACAAAAAAACUCUAUUGAUUUAGAAAAGCAAUGUGGUGUUCUUCUUCCAAACGGCAAUUUAUGUUCCCGCUCUCUUACAUGUAAAUCACAUUCCAUGGGGGCUAAGCGUGCUGUUCCAGGUAGAUCGCAGCCUUACGAUAUUCUUUUGGCUCAUUAUCAAAAGAAAAACCAAAUUAAACAACAAAAAGCUGCAACAAUUUCUUCUGUUUUUGACGAAUAUGCGUCUGAUACAAAACAAGUCGAUUCUGAAGAAGAAGUUGCUUUAGUAAUGGAAUCUAUUUUGUCUAGUUCUGCUUGUCCAUUGGAGAGGAAAAUUAUGGUUCCAGUACGUAUAAAGCGUCGUUUUUUUCGUUUUCAAGAAAUGUUUUCGACUGUCUUCUCUCAAGACCAAUGGCCCGGGAAAAUUAAAGACCAAUGGUCUGAGAAAACUCAUGAUUCUACUGAUGAUUGUUCUGAAAAUGUUAUCCCAUUUCAUGUUAAUUCAGAUUGGAUUCCUGAUGAAAACAGCCAGUCAUCUGUAUCUUGA